CCACACUUCCAUAAACAAGACAAGGGCCAGAGUUUAGCCGCCAGUCCAUGAGCGCCUCUGAGCUGAGGGAGGCUGACACACACGCAGAGAGAAAGAUAGACAGAAAGAGGGGAGGAGAGAGAGAGAGGGUGAGAGAGAGGGGAGGAGAGAAGAACAGGAAAGAAGGACUGCAGAAAGACAGGAAAAUCCAUUAGUGUAUGUAAAAAGAGGCAAGCAGAGAGGGAGAGAGGAGAGGUCUUUGUUUUUUUUGUCGUCUGAUGACAACACAGGCAAACUCAUGGCUGUGAACAAUACUAAUCUCUUCAUGGAAAUUCUUCAGUCUUUUGAUGCUGCAAGUGGAGAGGAUGUCUGCAACUGCACUGCGCUUGAUCCCAUGCAGGAGACUGAGCAGGGCCGGGUUGCCUGGCGUGACCAAGGUGAUACGGGGGAGAGAUUUCAGGAAGGUUGCUAAGGUGACAGGAGCAGUGGUGUUCGGAGGCUGCCUUUUCAUCACGUACGAGGUGUUGGCCUUGGACAAGGCGGUGACCAUCGACACCAGCGUGAUUCGUCAGGAGAAGUACAAGUCUUACAUCUACCUACAAGCCAGUCCCUCUGAUGAAAAGGAGAACCUCGCUGCAGGGAUUACACAGAAGACAAGGAGGGAACUUCACAAAGCAGCAAGGCGCUUUCUCGAACUCUCUUCGCGGCUUCUUUUGCGAUCAUUAGAUGCUGCCCAUUGGAAAACACAAAGUUUGCCACAAGAGCGCCUAAGUAAUGUGGAUGCAGACCCACACGAGGUGGCCUUAUGGAUCCUGCUGAAGAGGACGCAGUCUGACAAUCGCGCACUCAGACUACAGGCUGUGCAGGAACUGGCAGACAACUGCCACUGGCACGACUACCAGUAUCAGACCGCGGCCCAGGUGAUAGACCAGAGGACCGCGGUGGGCCUCGCUCGGACUCCUCGAGCAGACCUGAGAUUCUUCCUGCCUCCGCCUGCACUUCCUGACCUCGAUGAUGGUUUCUCAGCAGAGGACGGGCUGAGGCAGCUGCUCGCCUCCCUGCCGCAGUCCGAGGUGGACAAAUGUGUUCAGUACUUCACCUCGCUUGCCCUCAGAGAGAGCACUCGGGCGUUAGCAGCGCAGCGGGUAAAGAGAGCUCUGAGCAUUGUAGCCCAAUCUUGUUCAUCCUCAUCUUUUCCAAAUGUUGUGCUGAAGGGUGGCCUGUGGUGUUUUGGUGGCAAUGGCCUGCCUUAUGCCCAGAGCCUCACGUCUGUUCCCUCUGAGAAGGUGGAGUCCUUCUGCCUACAGGCCCUAGUACAGCAUUCCAAGGUCAGGAGCCACUGUGACCACAUCGUGUCCAACGGGGGCCUUCAGCUCCUGCAGAGGGUUUAUCAGCUCCGUAGAGACUCCAAGAAUAUACAGAGGAACAUUGUGCGAAUCAUCGGGAACCUGGCGCUUAACGAGCAAGAUCACCAGGCCAUCGUGCAGUCAGGGUGGCUAUCAGUGCUGGCGGAGAUGGUGCAAUCUCCCCACGUCAUGGAGGCAUCCCACGCGGCACGCGCCCUGGCCAACUUGGACAGGGAGACGGUGAAGGAGAAGUACCAAGACGGCAUUUACAUCCUCCACCCACAAACACGUGGCAACCAUCCAAUCAAAGCAGACGUUCUGUUCAUCCAUGGUAUCCUGGGGGCCGCUUUUAAGACGUGGCGCCAGAGGGACAGAAGUGUGUUACAAGACGGGAACGACAAAGACUGCGAGGAAGAUUACACAGAGUGCUGGCCAAAGACGUGGUUAGCCGCUGAUUGUCCAAAUCUGAGGGUGCUAUCAGUGGAAUAUGACAGCCACCUCAGUGACUGGAUGGCCAAGUGUCCUGCUGAGAAUCAGAGGAAGUCCUUGGCCUACAGGAGUCGAGAGCUGCUCAAAAAGCUCAAGAUGGCGGGAGUUGGAGACCGGCCGGUGGUCUGGGUAGCUCACAGUAUGGGAGGCCUGCUUGUGAAAAAAAUGUUGAUCGAUGCCUCAGAAGACCCAGACAUGAAGGACCUGUUCAAGAACACCAGGGGUAUUUUAUUCUACAGCGUUCCUCAUCACGGCACCUUCAUGGCGGAAUACUCGGUCAACGUCCGAUAUCUGCUUUUCCCCUCGAUCGAGGUCAGAGAACUUUGCAGAGACUCUCCAGCACUGCGUGACUUGGACGAGAACUUCUUGACCAUGGCCAGAGAAAAAGAGAUCAAGGUGCUAAGCUUUGCAGAGACGCUGCCCACAAACAUUGGUCCUAUGGUCAAGAUACUGGUGGUGCCAGCACAAUCUGCAAAUAUUGGCAUCGGGGACCUGAUCGAGGUGGACGUGGAUCAUCUCAGUAUCUGCAAGCCAGAGAGGAAGGACUCAUUCUUGUACAAGCGUAGCCUCCGGUUCAUCCAGGAAACACUGCACAGUACCAUCGGGCGCUGACAACCAAUUUUAACAACGGCACACCUGAACCACAACUCUUACUCACCCUCAUUGGAAUCAUACCCGACUCACAUCGCCAUGAAUAUUGUGAUCAUAUUAUGAGCAAUAACAUGAAAAACCAGUGAAGAGUUCCCAGUGGUAAUAGUUUAAAACUGGAUUCUGAUCUCUCACCAAAGCCAAGUGGAUUUCAAAGCUCAUUUUAAAGGUGACCAUUAUUACCUUAAAAAGAUGUGCACCUAAUAUUUUAUGUUUCUCAACUCAGACCUUCCAGCUUAUUUAACAAAUGAUAAAGUAUUUUCUAAACUAUGACGCAGGCUUACCACUCAGUAUUUAAGUAUUUAAUUUGCCGCAGGCUUACCACUCAGUAUUUAAGUAUUUCAUUUGCCUAUUGUUUUUACGCAUAUUCUCAUGCGACUAGUUAAUACCAAUUUAAUGUAAAACUUCAUAGCACUGGUCAAAUGCAUUUUAAUAUUCAUUCUUUUGCAGUCAUACAUUCCACAAAUAAUGAGAAUAAAAUGUGUUAAGUUGGAGUCUCAA